UUUGCGUAGAUUCUUACAAAAAUCCCUGGUCCGAUCCACCCAAUACUUGGCGCGUAGAUAACUAUUCUUAACUCAAUAACUGAAGUUGGCAAUCACACGACUUACCCGAGAUUAUGGGAUUUUUCCAAACUUCAGCUGCGAGCCUGCCACUGUAUCUUUACCAAUUCCCAUCAAUGAAAUUUACGAAGAAAACUCCAAUACUUCCAUUUUCAAUCAACCCCAUUCUUUAAUCCGGUAUAAAUAACCACCCCACGUUCCACACGUUGCCUAACUUGCCUUCUACUUACCAACCCAAACAGGAUUGAAUCAUCUUGUCUUGUUUCCAAAAAAAUCCUGUUCUUAGCUUAGGUUACCGUUUCAGGCCCUUUACAUUUGAAAGCUCAUGGGUUUUGAGUCAAUCCAACCAUCUUUUUCAUCUGGGUUUGUUCAUUGUUGUUAAAAUUGAUCUUUUUUUCAUCAGGGUUUGUUGUCAAAUAUGACGAAGAACACGCUAGAAAUCAUGUUCUAUGCGUAGGUGUCCAUUUGCAGGUUUUUUUUUUCAGUUGGAAGUCAAUGGUCUAUGAUUCAAUCCAGUCAUCCUUUUCAUCUGGGAUUGUUGUCAAAUUUCAUGGCUCCCAGUAUUUCCUAUCUUUUCUUGAUUUUAUUCCUUGUUCCUUCAUAUACCCAUGUUCAGUCCACAGAAGAAGGCUUCAUAUCAAUAGAGAUACUCGAGAAGGGUAUUGAUUUCGCCAAAGAUUUGCUAAUAAACACUGGAAUCUCCUCCUUGACUCCCCUUGAGGUUCCCCAAAUUGAGAAGUCUGUGAGAAUCCCACUUAUUGGUACUGUCCAUAUUACUCUUUCAAACAUAAUUCUUUAUCGGGUUGAUGUCAAUUCUUCAACAGUUACAUCCGGUGAUACGGGUAUAGCUCUUGUUGUUUCGGGGGCCAAGGCAUAUUUGAGCAUGGAUUGGAGCUACCAUUAUCGUACUUGGUUAAUCCCAAAGAUUUCAGAUGAAGGGGUUGCCUUGGUGGAGGUUAAAAGCAUGGAAGUUGGGCUUACUGUAGGGUUGAAGAACCAACAAGGAACUCUUGAACUGUCUCUGCUGGCAUGUGGAUGCCAUGUGAAGGAUCUUUCUAUAAAGUUGGAUGGUGGAGUAUCUUGGCUGUACCAAGGAGUGGUGGAUGCUUUUGAAAAGAAGAUACGUUCAGCAAUUGAAGAUGCCAUUUCCCAGAAAAUUGAAGAUGUUAUUUUACAGCUCGACUCCAAAUUGCAGUCUCUUCCAAAAGAAAUUGCAAUAAAUAAAAUUGCUUCCCUGAACGUUACUUUUGUGAAUGACCUUGUUUUCAGUAAUUCUUCCGUUGGCCUUGAGAUUAAUGGGUUAUUCACAGCUAGGGAUGAAGUUGCAGUUUCUGACAAUUAUGAAGCAAAUUUGCAUGCUUCAUUAUCCUACUUGCAAGCCUUAUUAUCCUGUGGGGGUCCCUCUAAGAUGGGUGGGAUAUCAAUACAUGAAAAUGUUCUGAAUUCGAUAUCUUCGGUAUAUUUUAAUGCAGAUCGUAUGCAUUGGAUUAUUGACAAGAUACCAGAUCUGUCCUUGUUGAACACUGCUGAGUGGAGAGUUAUUUUACCGCAGCUGUACAAGCAAUACCCAAAUGAUGACAUGGAUCUUAAUGUUUCUAUAACUUCACCACCAGUCAUAGCGGUUGCACAGACAGACAUUGAUGGAGAACUCAGCUCAGAUGUGACAAUUGAUGUUUUGGACGCUGGCAAUAGAAUACCAGUUGCAUGUAUCUCAUUUGUGAUUACGUUUUCAGGCUAUCCAGAAAUCUCGAGGAAUAGUCUGGCAGGUAGAGUCGAAUUGAAUGAUUUCACCAUGUCCUUGAAGUGGAGCACGAUUGGUAACUUUCAUUUGCAUCUGUUAGAGCCAGUGAUCCAAACUGCCCUGAGAACUGUCCUCUUGCCGUAUGUGAAUGUACUCCUCUGGAAAGGUUUUCCUUUGCCAAAACUAAAAGGCUAUACACUUCACAAUGCUCAGUUCAGCUUCGCGGAUUCAAGGAUUAUAGUUUCCACUGAUGUCGCGCCUUUAUCACAAGGCUAUCUGAAUCCUCUUGGUGCCUUAUUACUAGACUAGUCUAUUCUGUGAAAAUUGUGAUGUAAUGUACAAAUAAGUUGCUAUAGAAUGUGAAAUGUGUGUAUUUUACCUACUUCAUGUAAUGUACCACAGGGUUUACCUUUAUAUUUUUGGGAGCUAUCCAUUUAGAGUAUUAUGUCCGUAUCGGAUACGGACAUAUUUGUAACAUGCAGCUUUGUUGAUAAACUGCGAUCCUAUUUAUUUUUUUGGUUGAAACUCCUCAGCCAUUAACCAUUAUGGUGCCAA